CAGGAAGCCAGCAGUGACAUCACUUUCCAGAAUUCCCCUCCGGCACGACGAAGGAGCUCAAGAGCGAGAUUAAAAAAACAAAAACAAAGGAGUUUGCUGCUGUUCGAGAUUCCGAAGUUGUUGUUUCUGCUAAUUUUACAAGCAAGAAAUCCAAGGAUGUCCCUGUAUCCAUCCCUCGAGGACCUCAAGGUCGACAAGGUCAUGAAGGCCCAGGCGCAGUAUGCCCAGACUGCCGCCUCCAUGCCGGCCAUCGCCGAGGGAACCUACCAGCCUCAGCUCGCCACCGCUGGCAUGCCGGGAUCAAGCCUGUACCCGGACCUCGGGGAGCUUGGCGACUACAUGGGCCUGGCCCUCAACAGCGAGGAGGUCCAGAGGAACCUGGCCUUGUUGCCGGUGGCUGACAAUCAAGUGGCGUUGCCCUCCCUUUCAGGUGUGGGCGGGAUGGUGCGGCCCGUGACGGGGGCGGAUGUGGGCAUCAGAAGGGCCGAGAUCCGCCCCGGGCUGCGGGAGAUUAUCCUCUGCAAGGACCAGGACGGGAAGGUGGGACUCCGCCUCAGGUCCAUCGACAACGGAGUGUUUGUCCAGCUGGUGCAGGCCAACUCCCCUGCGGCCCUGGCCGGGCUGCGCUUCGGGGACCAGGUCCUCCAGAUCAACGGGCAGAACUGUGCUGGCUUGAGCGUGGACAAGGCCCACAAGGCCCUGAAGGCUGCUGCCGAGACCCGCAUCGAGCUCGUAGUCAGGGACAGGCCAUAUCAACGCACCGUCACCAUGCACAAAGACAGCUCUGGCCAUGUUGGCUUCAUCUACAAGUCCGGCAAAAUCACCUCACUGGUCAAGGAUGCCUCUGCCGCCCGCAACGGCCUCCUGACCGAUCAUUUCAUCUGUGAAAUCAACGGACAAAACGUUAUUGGACUGAAGGAUUCUCAGAUCAAGGACAUUCUGACCACCUCUCCGGCCGCCAUGACCAUCACCAUCAUGCCCAAGUUCGUCUAUGAACACAUGAUUAAGAGGAUGUCGACCGGUCUCCUGCGGUCAGCCAUGGAUCACUCCGUCCCAGAGGUCUAGAUACCGGGACUGUGGAGCGUCUACAAUGCAGAUCUCUCUCUCUUCUCCUCUCAUAUCUUUCUUCCUCUUUUUCCGUCUUCACACCAGACUGCCUCCUGCAUCACAAUCAUUGCCGUCGCUAUUUCUCACCCUCACACUUAACCUUUUAAAGGUCUUUUUUUAGUCCUUUUCUUUUCUACAUGACCUUCAUCUCUGUUGACACAUCUAUUACCUUAUCUACCUUAACCGUAUAGUCAUUCUGUAUUUUGUUUUGUAUUUGAGAUCAAGGACAGUGUUUUUCUUCUCUUUUUUUUGUGCCACGCACGCUAUCAUGAGUCCAGAGCUUCCUAUUCAUUUUGUGGAGACCAAUCCGUGGCCCCUGACAUUUCAUCUGGUCAGAAUGCUGUAAAGCCAACGGUCCGUCAUCAGAGCCCUAGCAUGUAGAUCACAGCUGUGCUCCCAGUCCCUCCACUCGGCCCCUAGUGUGUGUGAGACUUGAUUCUAGACUCCAGUAUCAUUUUAACUUGGCCAGUAAAAACUAACACGUUUUAAGUCUUGCUUUUAGUUUGUACCACAUGUUGGUAUAUAAAUUAGUGUUGAUCCUGCCAUUGAGAUUAGGUUAUUUUUGUACUUGUGAAUAGAGAUCCUUCUAACGUCCACAACACGGCGAGGUCCUGCGGCGCAUUUCCUCUCUCUGCAGGCAAAUGUGACGGCGAUGCCCUGAUGCGUGCUGUGUAGGAGCACUGUGCACAUCCCGGGGGACAGUGGAGGGAGAAAAGCGACAGCGGGAGCUGGUUGCUGGGACGUCGCCCUGUCCUACAAACACUCUUAGAAACAGCUCUUAGACUGAAAUGCAGCAGUCAUCCAGGACGCAGUGCGUGGAUGUGAUUGGCUAGCUGGAGGUCAGUUCAGAGGCGUCUGUUGGUUGGAUGUGGUGUUGCGCCUCUGACUGUAAUUUAGAGGGAUUUUGUGGUGUUUGUCUGAACAGGGUCUGUGCUGGGCGGACCCACUAAGUGCACUUUCCACUACCUUUUUAAAAGGUUGUCUUUCCUGUAUCCAUUUCAACGGUGAAGUUCAACGGCUUUCUCUUUUUCUUGUGUUUGUGGUGCCUCAUAUUAAUGAGAACUCAUUCAAUAAACUCAUUUGUUAACCAUAGGAAACUGCUGAAAUUUGAUGCUGAAAAUCCUGCGCUCAAGGGAAUGCGUUUGAAUUCCACUAAAUGGGGUUUAGUCGUCGUUCCUGCUACGUGUUGCUGAAGGACGUUCCUGUAAUAUUCCUCCCUUGGUUGAUGAGCACAAUGAGACUGAGCAGAGCUCGCAGUUGUGAAUUUCUACUUGUUAUAUAAAGUUUCUCCUUUUAAUGCUGUUCAUGUUUGGAUGCAUGUAUUCCUUUAAUUUUCUAGGUAUGCAAUCUGAAAAAAAACGUCACUGUCAUUCUGUAAGAAAAUCUAAAAGUUUAUAUACGAAUGUAACCAAGAUAAUAAUGUAAAACAAAUAAACAGUCUUUCUGUUCA